AUGUUCUUUUACACCAUUUCUGUGUACGUGAGGUUAAGCUACGAAACGCCACCGGAGACGGUGGUGCAGCUGCUGCUACGGGAGUGGCGUCUGCGCGUGCCCAGUCUGGUCAUUUCAGUGCUAGGGGGUCUGGCCAACGCGCCUCUUCAGGCCAAGUUGGGCUCUGUGGUGAAGCGAGGCCUGUUGAGGGCAGCCAAAACCACUGGUGCAUGGGUCAUCACCAAUGGUCUGGAUACCGGCGUGACACGGCACGUGGGCGAGGCACUGGGUGAGGAGGUGCACGUUCGCGGCUCCAAAAUCGUCGCUCUUGGUAUUGCGCCCUGGGGUGUAGUGCAGCAGCGUAACAUGCUCAUUGGCAUUGAUCACACCUGUCAGUAUCACGCACAAGGUACGUUGGCGGGAAGACAGGAGACAGCCCUGAACCCGCACCACAACUACUUCCUGCUGGCGGACAAUGGAACAUCGGGCAAGUUUUCCACCGCCGAAAUCUGUCUCCGACGUCGUCUUGAACAGUACCUCGCACAACAGCCUAUUGGCCUGCGCAGACUAGGCGGCCACAAGUCACGAGUGCCGGUGGUAGGCGUGCUGAUAGAAGGUGGGUACCAGACCUUCCGCACAGUCUUCGAACUCCUCACCGGUCGCAAUCCCGUUCCCGUGAUCAUUUGCGAUGGCUCCGGACGCGCCGCAGACCUGCUGGCCUUCAUGUACCAUUAUGCUGAGCCUGAUGGAGACCUGGUGCCGAAUCUACGACGACAAAUGAUUGCUAAUAUUGGACGAACCUUCCAGAUUAAACAGGCCGAGGCAGAAACUCUCUACUUGGACAUGCAGCUGUGCAUGCAGCGUCGUAAUCUCUUAAGCGUCUUUCAGAUGGGUGAUGGAACCUCGGAUGAAAUUGAUUUAACAAUUCUAACUGCACUGCUUCAAGCUCCUGGGCAGAAUCUGACACCGGCAGAUCAGCUUUCACUUACCAUGGCAUGGCAACGUCCUGACAUCGCACGAUCGCGAAUCCUUGUCAAUGUCAACGACUGGUCGUAUCCGAUCCUGGAGAAUGCAAUGACAGACGCCCUAAUCAACGAUCGCUUGGAAUUUGUACAACUGCUACUGGAGAAGGGUUUGGAUAUCUACAGAUUUCUUACGGUUCGACGACUCGAAGAACUCUAUGCCGUUUCUUAUGCCUGGAAGAAUCAAUUAUUCAGUCGUCUCUUCAAGAAACUCCUCGGUGUUCGACCGAACAUCUCGCUUCGGUCAAUUGGCCAAAUGUUGGAGCAGGUGAUCGGAAAUGGAUAUCAGCACCCAUAUUGUUCAAAACAAUUCGAUCCGCAUCUUCGAACUAUCGUUGUGCCGGCGAAACCGCCAGGAAGAGCACGACAGCGCUGGUCGGCAUACGGCGGAUCGAAUCCAGGUCCACUCGGACGGCAAUGGAGUGAGGCGGGGUCCGCUUCAGGAUGGACGGCCUCAGAAACGGCUGAGUGGAUCGCCAAUAGCAACACUGCUACCUUCCCCUCCAUUAUGCUCACUGCCAAUACUAUCGGUGAUGGUGCAAUGGACUAUUACGAGGGUGUCCCUGAUGACGACAUGGUCUGCUUCCGCUAUCCCUACACCGAACUGCUGCAGUGGGCUCUUCUCACCUGGCACUUCUCUUUGGCUCGAUUCAUGGUGUUGUCAGGUGAGGAGGCUAUCGCUAAGGCGUUGCUUUCCGUGCGAAUCCUUCGUGGCAUGCGCAAAUUCAUGGACGUGGAGUCGGAAACGGAGCUGAUAAAAGUUAUUCGUGCUCAGGAGGAAGCCUUCGAGAACCUGGCAGUAGAGUUACAAGAACACUGCCACCGUCACGACUCUGCCCAGACGCGUCGCUUGCUGACAUACGAGCUGCGCAACUUCUCCUGCAAUACAUGCCUCUCUCUGGCACACAUGUGCGAGUCUAAGUCCUUCAUCGCACACCCCUGCGCGCAGGCUAUCCUCUCCGACCUUUGGUACGGAGGACUGCGCGAGGGUCGCUUCGUCUCGGCCAAAAUAGCUCUUAUUCUACUUGGUCUCUCCCUGCCGCCGCUGUAUCCACUCAUAGCACUCUGCUUUGCGUCAUUUUCAUCGAAGUUCCUGGAGUUUAAGACAAGAGAGGAGCUGUCGGCACAGCCACAAACGUGGGAAGAACAUUUAGAUGAGAUGGAUAAUUCGUCCUCCUCUUCUUCGUCUUCUUCGUCGUCGUCUUCAUCGUCUAGCCACUCGUCUUCGUCAAGUCGCAGCAGCACAGAUGACGGGGAAACUAGAAUUGUGGAAAAUUCAACCCUUACCACUCCAGUGCCACCUCUACGACCCGGUUCUGAGCCUUUGCCGAUGGAUCGAGCCUUCCAGACGCCUACAAAAGAAGCAUCAACGUACGAUUGCGUUACAUUGGAGAAUGGUAUGAGGGGAGACGGCUUCCAGCACUGCAAUCAUUAUGCUAAUCAGCCUUCCCGAACCCGAGCUUUCUCCGACACCGUCGUUAAUGACGAGUCUGUAUACUCUGUACCGCCAGUCGUGCGGGAUUCAACGGCGUCUGAAAUAGCCAUUAUGACCAAGGUCUCAAUGGUGAAUGAGUGUAAGGCUUCGAGCGAAGUUUCUUUUAAGGACGAAGUUGUGAUUAAGGCGACUAAGUCCCUGCCAAUUAUAAAGUUGGAUGGGGUCACCAUUUUGGGGAGGGAAUACAGCGUCAUUACGUCAAGCUCCUCGUUAGAUAAGAAUAAAGGCGAAAGCACUGCUCCACAACAGUCGAUCGAGUCGUCACCACGAGAUGUACCACCGGAUGCCGAGAAUCCCAUUGUUGAGUUCAAACAGCCGCACCGAAACCGCACCAAUCGACGUAACUCUAAAUCCAUGGGUGAUCUCAGAAUCAUUGCAAUGGAGGAGGAGGGAGGGAUUCCAACUCGUCACCGUAGACGACGUCAGCUUCCGCUUAACUCGACACAGACCUCUCAACCUCUUCGCCACUCUUGUCCUACCAAUCUCGAAGCGGCGGGACCACGUAGAGGCUCAGAAUACUUUUGUAUGAGCGUAGGUUCAACGGGAAGCGAGCCUCCCUUGCCGCCUCGGAAUCAGUCCUCCGAGAUGCGAUCACGAUUCUCUGCAACACCAGUGCUUACGCGAAAUGCACAUGGAGCCCCAAAUGCCUCUCGUUAUUCAUUGAAUGCCCAUCGCCCUGUACCAAAUGGAGUCGUGGGGAUGGGUGCGCACAUCUCUUACUACCCCAAUGGCGGUGCUGCGGAUACAGGUGCGGGCGACAUACCGAAGGAGACGCAGCAGCAUCAACUGUCGUGGCGCAAAAAGGUGUACGAGUUCUUCUCCGCGCCUGUUACUCGAUUCUAUCUUCAUGUGAUACUCUACCUGGUCUUCAUGCUUAUGUUCAUUUGCUACUGCCUUAUCUGCGUGCCUUACCAAUCGUUGAAUGCCCUGGAGGUGUACAUCUACCUCCACAUCCUCACCUACGCCAUUGAUAAAUUCAGAGAGGUGACGCUUUCGCCAGGCGUGAGGUACUGCCAGAAGAUGUGGGUGCACCUGUCGUCCUUCUGGAAUGUCUACGACUUCGUGCUCAGUUUCUUCUCCGUCCUGGGAGUGAUUGUGCGUAUGGUGGGCCUCCGGAAUCGCAUUGUCUUUCUUUGGGGGCGCAACAUCCUCGUCUGCUGCUGUGUCUUCUGGUUGAUGCGAUUUCUUGAGUUGAUGCAAAUUUGGCGCUUCUCGGGGCCCUAUAUCUACGUCAUCGUGAAGAUGUUGCAGGCGAUGAUCCCACUUCUAAGCCUCGUCUUUCUACCCCUGGUGGCCUUUGGUACUCUGCGUGAAGGCAUUAUGGUGAUGAAUCGAACCCAUGUCACUGUGGAGGGUAUUAAGAACAUCCUCUUGGAGCCCUACUUCAUGCUCUAUGGCGAGGUCUAUGCCCCCAAGAUUGAUCCCGCGGAAUGGGGCGUGAACCUGGAUGAAACACCUCUCUUUCAGAUGGUACCAAUUAUGGACGUUAUAUACCUCCUCUAUUCUAUCGUUCUUAUGCUCAGUGUUAUCAUCGCCGUAUUCAACAGUAUCUAUUCUCGUGUACUAGUACAGUCAGAGCUCAUUUAUAAGUACCUUCGCUACUCCAUAAUUAUUGAAUACGAGUCGCGGCCUCUUCUCCCACCACCUUUCGUUAUCAUCUCAUGGAUCUACGCUGUCUGUCGGGGAGUCUAUAGAUAUUGUCGAGAACACCACCACUGCCAAUGUGUUCCACGAUGCUUAAAACGUUAUCGCCAUUGUCGUCGAGAUUUCCGGAAACGGUGUCAGAAGAUUCGCCAUAGAUCCUCGUCAUCGUCAAGUAGUUCGUCAUCCUCGUCGUCGUCAUCUUCAGAAGUGCAUUCAUCAUCUAAAGGGAACUCCUUUGAUGUUGGACACCUAUUUGCACCUGGUACUGCCACAUCCAUAUCAGGUCACCAGUCAGACGGUCUCAAACUCUUCCUGAAGCCAGAGGAGGUUGAAAAGCUGCACGACUUUGAAGAAGAAUGCGUGGAGGACUACUGGCGGGAGAAGCAGCGGGCUGAGCGUAAACAGUCGGAGCUGCAACUCGAAAAUAUCAAUUCCAGGUUAGCAGCAAUGCAGUUUCGCCUGGGCGAAGUGCACCUUCGACAACAGAAGCUGCAGGGCCAUUUCCAUUCACUGGAGGAAGAGAUACUGGCAGGACAGGAGAGGGCAAUUUCAUGGCUUGAUGAGUAUCAACACAAAAAGGCUAUCGCGACGACAGCAGUGGGGGCCACUAUGGUAAACACGCAAAGUCAGUUCACACCUUUCGAUCACCAAGGGGAGAGUGACCCCGCUCUACUGGGCAGUGUGAUCUGGCUCCUCAGAAACGCAAUGGAUAAAGAUGCUGCCGGUGAUAUUGGCUCAGAUGGUGACGACGAAACUUCAUUGCGGAAUCGGAGGCGCGGAGAUGGAAGUAACCCCAUUGUUUCCUCCCUCCGUUCUCACUGUCGGCAAAAGCAACCGCAACACCGCUGUGGGUUUGCUACAAACCUUCCUUCACACACCGAAGAAGAGGGUGAUGAUGAAGAAGUGGUAAUGGAUGGGAAGAAUGAACAGGUAAAAGAGGCAAUUGCUACCACCAUUACCUCCACCGCUGCUGAUACCUUUCUAACUGCGGAUUCCGGAAGCAGUGGGGAUGAUACGGCUUCAAGCGGAGUGUGUUGGUCACAGAGUCCGCGAAUUGAGGAGGCCCAAGAACAGAGACGACCUGCAGCGGCGUUGGAUGGUAAUAGCGGUUGUGACAGCGGUGAAGAGAAAGAGAAUGAGGCGGAAUCAGAGUCCAGGGAUAGUUUAAUGCCAUUAAACGGUGACAGCGCGCUCGAUUGGCUUCAUCUCCUUGCUCAACGCGUAAGGGAGUUGCAAUGUCAGCGUCUACAAAAACAACAACUACAACGGCAACAACAAAUGCAGCUACAGAUUCGAAUGCAGGAUCGAGAACGCAGUCCUUUUACCCACUGCCAGCGUCAACGUCAACUGCGACGUGGCCAUGCCCCCUCCAUCUCGCCAACUCCCAGUCCAUCUGCUCAGCCGAUACCUCCGACGUCUAGUCAACUUGAUACUAUCCAACGGCGCCAAACUUCGUUUUUUGGCCACCAAGGCCGACACGCUAGACUACCAUUGAUUUCACAGCAACCAGCUCAUCGAGAAUAUACUACUAUUUUGGAUGACAUCUACACCUUGCAUCUUCCACAAACGGACAGUCCACGCACAAGUCCAACGGGCUCGCGAAUGGAUCUGAACACUGCUCAUCUGGUCCCACAUCCUGCCGACAGUUCGGGAAAGCGGACCCAUCGACACCGAGGUACACGGUUCGCCCUUCCAACAUUUGGUCCUAUUGUCGGUGCUGGAGGGCUAGCAUCGUCGCGCCAGCGCUCUGCAACACCGCCACCCGCAAGUGUGCCACCGGCAUCGAAUCUGCGGCCGUUGCGUGCCACGCCGAUGGCGAAGCAGGGCAUCAACUCCGACCUUCAUAACCCCCGUAACAAACAACAACCCCAUCAAUACCCUCAAAAUCUCCAUCUCCAUCUUAGCCCUUCGGAGAUGUCUACCGGUGGUUUGAUUCACGAGAAAGCAGGAAAUCCUGCCACCACCUUAUCGGAUCGAUCCUUCGACUAUCAAGCCAUAAAUCUGGAAAAAAAUAACGAACAAUCAGAUUUGAUGAUGACCACUAGUGCCUACAAUCGAUGCGACUCUCCCUACCACGGUGGUAUCAGUGGCUCUCUCGCCUCCUCCUCCAAACUGUGCAAUGAGGCCGUUAGUGACAACGAAAUGGAAGGCGAGAUGCAUGACCUUUAUAAGGGAUCGACCGCAGAAGCCGCCACAAUGGUCAAAGAUCCUCUCUACCUAGCCGAAGCAGCAGAGUGGACAGAACUCGGUAAGGUGAUGCUCCGUCGUCUCCGACAACUCUCUGUGACGGUGGAUGAGGAGAUGAUUCCACCGCUUCGGGAGACGUCCGUCACCACCGUUGUUGAAGCUGGCGAUCCCGCAGCUAUUGCUACCGUCGACUCUGAAGGAGGUGGAUUACAGACGUCUACAGUGACAGUUGAGGGCGUCUGUGCCACGGAUGAUGUGUGGAAUGUUGCAGCGACGGUAUUGGAAGCGACAACGGGUGGAGCAGCGGCUCUUGAAGUUGUCGACCCUGACUUGGAUCUGGAUUACAUUCCCCCUCCUACUUCACCGGUCACUCCCGGCUCCCUCUCGGACUCAAUUAUGAUUGUGCCGGGGUCAACAGUGGGGGAGGGCCCACAUCAUAUGGGGGAAGGGGGGGCACCGUGGAUGCAACAUCUGCAUCGACACCAUCAACCUCAUCAUUCACGUGCUUGA